AUGGCUCCGACUGGUACAGCCAUGGAAAUAGCGGUUGCCGGUGCGGCUGACCUGGGCCGCUAUGGUCGUCGUAUUGUCAAGAUGCUUUGGGACCCUGAGCCUACCAACAAUGCCAAGGACAACCAGCCAGUUUGGUGUCUUGGCCAUUCCUACGCACUUGAACCUAGCAAGAGAAAGAGUGCAGUUUCUCGAAAGGAUGUGUCGCCUACCACGCCGCCCUCAGAUAUUGAUCCCACUGUUCCUCCACUUUCAUUACUGGUGCCAGACACCCCCCCCGACUCGACGUCAAGUAGCUUCAGCUCCACGCUCGCGCUAGACGAAUAUGAAACGAGUGACGACGGCGGUUGGCCAAGUGCCUUCCUCGAUGAUUUCGAGUCGCGGUUUUGGAUGACUUAUCGCUCUGGUUUCGAGCCGAUCGCCCGCUCGGUAGACCCAAAGGCUCCAGCAACUUUGUCGUUUACUAUGAAGCUGAAGGCUUUAGGCGAUCAGAGCGACUUUUCUUCGGAUAGCGGAUGGGGAUGCAUGAUUCGAUCAGGGCAGAGUCUACUUGCAAACGCCAUGGCUAUGUAUGAGCUGGGCAGGGGUUGGCGAUUGUCGGACGGUGGCAUUGCGGAAAAGGAGAUCAUCUCUCUUUUUGCCGAUGAUCCCCGAGCGCCAUAUUCGAUCCACCGAUUUGUCGGUCACGGUGCGGUUGCAUGUGGUUCCUUUCUGUUCUAUUUGGACCCACACCACACGAGGCCGGGUCUUCCGUUCCAUGAGCACCCUUCGGAGUACACGCAAGAGGAGGUAGGCUCGUGCCACACUCGCCGUCUCCGACGAUUACAUAUCCGCGAAAUGGAUCCGAGCAUGCUCAUCGGCUUUUUGAUUCGGGACGAAGACGACUGGGAUAAUUGGAAGAGUUCUGUCAAACAUGUGCAGGGCAAGGCCAUAACUACCGUGUCUGCCUAUGAUCCGGCCGGGGGCAAGGCAGUUGGGCGCCAAGGGGCUAUUGAUGAGGUGGAGACGCUCAGUGAUGACGAUGAUGCAGAAACCGUUUUGGGCUUUUAG